AUGGCUGCAGCUGGUCAGCCCACAGCAAACAAACCACCAUGCGAAGAGUUGGCUUGGUUCAGUUGGUUGUCCAUCGUUCAGUCAGACGAACACAGAAUGCGGCCAAAUGUUCCGAAAGUGGCGCAACGGCGACUGCACUUGCUAAUGUGGCUGCUGCAGCUGCCAAUUGGUGGUCAGGGCAUAGUAAAUCCGUCGAAUGAGUCAGCCAAUAUGGUUGUCUACAUGCUGCCCGCGGGGGAUGUGGGCCCGCGCACCUGGCAGGUGGGCGUCGACUGCCUGGACAGCUUCUCGCAAAUCUUCUUUUAUCGGAACCCGCUGGAACGCUUCACGCGCUCUUACAACCUGAUGCUGACGAAUGUGUUCAACAUGACCCUGCCCGCCGAUCUCAUACAGCAGGGCUUCAGCCAGCGCAUCAACGAGGCCAUCAGCGACCCGGAGCCGCACCCCGACAGGCAGCUCUUCCAGCUGCGAGUCAUCUCCGAUCACUUGAACACCACGAAGUUCUUCGGCGAGCUGCUGCUGGCGGACAACUACGUGAUUGUCGUGGACAGUGUGGAGCGCCUGCACAUGCUGAUGAGUCACCACGUGAGCAAGAGCCGCUCGUGGAACCCUGGAGCUCGCUUCCUGGUGCUCUUCAACAAUGCCCAGAUGUGGGAGAGACCCUGGACAGUCGCCUCGCAGAUCUUCAACGAUCUGAUGAGCAACUUCUACGUGCACCGUGUGGCUCUCAUCUUCUCCGACUCCCUCUCCAACUACAACCUCCUGGUGAACGACUACUACAGCAACGUCGAUUGCCGGGUGCUGAGUGUCCAGAGCGUGGGCCAGUGCAAGGACGGCCAGCUGUUCCCUUCGGCCCAUGCUGUCCACGUCGCUAUGUCGGACUACAUCAGUGGCUUCAGCCCGAAGAACUGCACCUUCUACGUAUGCGCCGCCAUCGCGGCGCCCUUCGUCGAGGAAGACUGCAUCUUGGGCAUCGAGAUGCGAAUCCUGGGCUUCAUGCGCAACCGCUUGCAGUUCUUGGUGAAUCAAACAUGCACUCGAGACACGCGAGGCGAGGUGGAUGAGGUCGGCAAAUGGAAUGGCCUGCUGGGCAAAUUGGAGGACGGCGAGUGCGACUUUAUCAUGGGCGGCUUCUACCCGGACAACGAGGUGGUGGGCAUCUUCUGGGGCAGUGACUGCUACCUGCAGGACGCGCACGCGUGGUUCACCAAGCUAGCGGACCGUCGGCCCGCCUGGCAGGCCAUGGUCGGCAUCUUCAGGCCGUAUACCUGGAUAUGCUUUCUGCUGGUUCUGCUGCUGAGUUGGCUAUGCUGGUACGCGUUGGUGUGCCUCCUGCCAGAGCCACAGUACUUCCAGCCGCUCAGCUUGACGGGCAUCAAUGCCUUGGCGGUGUCCAUAUGCAUAUCAGUGCAGGAGCGACCCGUGUGCGAGUCGACGCGCGUGUUCUUCGUGAUACUGGCGCUCUACGGAGUGAAUGUGGUGGCCGUAUACACCUCGAAGAUGAUAUCUACGUUCCAGGACCCGGGCCACCUGCACCAGAUGGACACGCUGCAGGAGGUGGUGGCUGCGGGCGUACCCUUUGGCGGCGUGGAGGAGAGUCGCGACUGGUUCGAGAACGAGGAAGACCUGUGGAUAUUCAAGGCAUACAACUCCUCGCCCGAGUUCAGGCCGCGCACCCAGAACCUGAAGAACGUGCAGCAGGGCCAGCGCAGCAUUCUGAGCAGCCGCAUGUACAUCAUGCAGAAUCUCUAUGCGGACGACAUCUACGCCUUUCCCCAGAACGUCUUCGUCAGCCCCAUGCAGCUGAUCAUGAAGGCGGGCUUCCCCUUCCUCUACGAGAUGAACAUGAUCAUUCGCUACAUGCGUGAUGUGGGCAUCAUUCACAAGAUCGACUCGGACUUCCGCUACAACAACACCUAUCUGAACCGCAUCUCCAAGAUGCGCCCGGACUUUGCAGCCACCGUCAUCGUCUUGACCACGGAGCAUUUGAAAGGUCCUUUUGGCAUCCUGAUCGUGGGCAUCUGCAGUGCCAUGCUGACCUUUCUCGGCGAACUGCUCUGCGGCUACAGAAGCCACAGGCGUCGACAGCGACGCACCAGGCGACGCAGCAAGUGGCGCAGGGAGCGGCAGCAGCUGCACCGAGCGGUGGCUCCGGUGGUGCGCUUCACGCCCGUUAAGCGCCGCAAAGUCCUGUAAGCAAGGAGCCGCCCAGGCAGACAAAACAAGCCAACUAGCUUCGCCAUAAAAAUUUACUCAAUUCACAUAAAUUUGCAAUUUGCAAUUGAAGGAACUCAGUGACAGCAUCAACAACGACCACGACUACGUCCAUGUGGCUAUGACUCUUGGGGUCGUCGUUGUCUUCUUUGUCGCGCAGUUGCAGUUGUUGUUGUUGUUGGCUUCCUUGUCUGGUCUGGUCGCGUCUGGUAGUUGUAGUUUUCACGCGAAAUACUUAAAAUCUGAGACCAAAUUCUAUUUUUGCAACUAUCAAAAGGGACGGCAUGAAAAACAAGGAGACAGUCAGGCAGGCAGUCAGUUGGUCUGUUGGUCUCCGGUCUCCGGUCUUCGGUCUGGCUCUCGCUUCCUUUACUCCCUCUCUGCACAAAUUGACAAUCAACUCUGAAUGAAUGAAUCUGCCAGUGCAAAUAAACCGCGCGCUCUACUGUCGCUGAUAAUAUUGUUAUAAGUAGCAUAUUUACCCACUCUCGGCCCAGUCAGAGUCAACUACCAAAAUAAAGUUCGCAAAAUACUGCUGGCAAAAUAAUGAGAGCUAUAAAAGCUGAAGACCAAAACUUUGCGCUUACAACUUUACCACUUCACGAUUUUUUAUCCAAUGCGUACAGAUUAGCGAUAGAGCGACAAAAAAUACAAAUAAAAGUACAUUAAAUAUAUUAAAUUAGAGAUAAAAGAAUGAAAUGAUUUCACGCAACAUCAACAACAACAAAUCAGCUUAGAAUUAAAAAAAAAUAAAUCACUCGGAACUUUUUUUUUUAUCAUAUUCCGCUUCACUUACGGCUCUUCACUUAACUGAUUAACUGAUUCAAGAAUAGCUAAAUAUUUUCAGUAAGACUCCUAGGCAUAGACGAGCAACCAUGGGUAAUCGGUCAAUGUUUGUAGAGCUUGUUUCAGGAACCCUUUCAAGGGCAGCCAUGAGCCCAAACUCAAUGAAAAAUCAAGGCGUUGGCCAACAAACAUAUUUGAGCAGGACUAACUCUGGGUUCCCCCUAAGAUUGGGGCCAAUCAGCAACAGUUGCUGAUUUAGAUUUACAGCAAAUUUAAUAUUCAUUUCCGUUAUAUAUGGAUCAAAAGUAUUUCUAAUUUAAAAUGUGCAAAAUAAAAUUAUUAAACUGCGAGAAUAAAAAUUAAUGAAAUUAUUCUUAGAAUUUGCUGUCAGUGGCCACAGCUUGUGCCACGUGUGAAUGAUUCAAGCAAUGCGCAUCGUCCGAACUCUGAAAUAAACAUUCACAUUCGCAUUCGCAUUCGUCUUUGCGUUCACAUUCACAUUCACAUUCACAUUCACACUUACUCGAUUACUCACAGAACACUCGCCAAAUGGGCACAGCACGCACUUAGUGACUCUCUCUGUAUGUGUGUGUGUGCAUGUGCAUGUGUGUGUGUGUGUGUGUGUGUGUGUGUGUGUGUGUGCAUGUGUGUUCAUUUGAGUUUUCGUGAAAUUUUAGACUAUUGAACUAUGGCGUUUCGAACAGCGUCUGAUGGGCUGACUAAGCGACUAACUGCGUCUGUCUCGCCAGGCCGCGACGCCCAACUGUCUGUCUGUGACGCAGAUGCAGAUGCAGAUGCAGUUGGGGAUGCUGAUGCUGAUGCUGAUGCAGUUGCCGUGGCAGUUGCAGUAGCUGCUGCGACAAGUCGGGCUAAAAAUACGAAACUAUGAGUUUAUUUGAGGCAAGGCGAAAAAGUCGUCAAAUGAAGGUCUGCGCAGUGCGCAGUUUGCUGGCUAAGAAUUAUGCAGCGCGUUUUUAUGAU